AUGGAAUUUGAUGAUAGAGCUCUUGAAAUAGAAGCUCUAAGAUCAAUAUAUACAGAAGAUGAAUUGUUAUAUGAUGAAAAUAGGAAUAUUGUGAGUAUCCACUUAUCUAGAGAGGGAACAUAUCGUUUAAUUAGAAUUGCUAUUAAAAUUUCCUUACCAAAAGAAUAUCCACAAUUAUCCCCAAUCAUUUACUUUGAAGAUAUACAAGGAAUUAAUGAUCAACAAGAAUUAGAACAGUUGUAUAAAUUUGCAAAUAAUUGUGUUCAAAGUCAUAUAGGGGAAAUUUGUAUCUUUAACAUUAUAGAAAAUAUCCAAGGUCAUAUCGAUGAAUUAGUACAACUGAAACCUGUGGAUCCUCAUUAUAAUCAAUGCCAAUACUCUUCAAAUACAAAUCAAUCUUUAUUAAAGAGCACACAAGAUGAGGGUGAAGUUGUAUAUAAAGAUCUUUCAGAUAAAAUUUUAUGUAAUGUUGAUAAAAGGGUUACUGAAAGUGAAUUUAAUAAGUGGAAAGAUUCUUUUAAAAGUGAAAUGAUAGAUAAGGGUAUUUGGAAAUCAAAUAACAACAUCGGUACCAGUUUAACUGGGAAACAACUUUUUGAGUUGGAUAAUUUACUAAUUAAAAGCGAUAUAAAUAGUGUUGAUUAG